UAUUUCUGUUACGUCAGCAAAGGUUCAUUCAAGUGCUGUAAUUAGUGAAUAUGGUUUAAAAGUUAAAGAAGAUUUUAUUGUAAAAGCUAAGGGGAAACUACUUUGUGUUCAUUUUGACACAAAAAUAGUAAAAGAGUAUUUUUAUGGUGCGAAUAUAAAUGUUGAGCGGUUAGCACUAGUGAUUUCAAGUCCAUGUAUUGAUAAAGAACAACUUAUUGGAGUUCUUUAUAUCACAGAUAGUCGUGGAAUAACACAAGCAAAAGCAAUUAAGGAAAUACUGGAAUCUUAGAAUCUCUGGGAUUCGGUACAUAGUGUAUGUUUUGACACUACAUCUUCAAAUACAGGCUGGAUGCAGGGUGCCUGUGUAUUGCUAGAAAAAUGGCAGGACAGACCAUUACUAUGGUUUGCCUGCAGACAUCACAUAUAUGAGCUUCAUAUUAAGCAUGUAGCACUUGCAGUUUCUGGAAAUAUGUCUGAUGGACCAGUUGAUAAUCUUUUCAAAAAAAUUCAAAAUUUCUGGGAAACUAUUAAGCCUGACAUAAAUUUAAACAAUCUUAACAGGUUAAAAUGGAGCAAGAGAAAGGGAACAUUUUUAGGAGAACAGGCUCUAAAAACCAAAAUAUACCUUGAAUACGCCUUGUUUACAGAAAAGUUUCCUCAUGGUGACUAUAAGCAUUUAGCAGAACUUGUUUUGGUUUGGCUAGGCAGUGAUAAGCUUAUAAUUUUAAUUUUCGUAAACCUAUAGCUUUUCAUCAUGCAAUAUUUCUUUCAAAAGCUAUCUACUAAAUGACAAUAGAACUGCUUACAUUUCAUUUGCAACAAUUUGAUAUAAUUAGGGAAGAAGAAAUAGCAACAGUCCCUCAAAUUGCUGAGUUUAUUGGGCUUUUUUAUGCAACAUGGUUUCUGAAAGCACCAUUGGCAGUUUCUUCUCCUUCUUUAGACUUAUGUGCAAUCAGGGAUAUGACCAAGUAUGGAUCAUUUUACAAAACUGUGUCAACUGCUGCUAUUAAAAGUAUUAAAAAUCACUUAUGGUUUCUUACAGAAAAGCAAAGAGCAAACACAAAUGUUGCAAACACAAAUGUUGUGUUUGCUCUUUGCGACGAAACACUUGACAAUAACAUUAGAAAAAAAAUUGCCAAAAAGCUAUUUUUAUAUCCUAGACCUUCAAAUUUAACAUUGGGAAAACCACUUUUUCCAAAUAUUGACAUAAAAAAAAUUCCAGAGUUAUGGCAACUGGUUGGACCUCAAAGUUGGAUUCUCAUGCAGCAGCUAAAUUUAUCUGUAAUAGAAACAGAAUGGAUGCAAGUUAGCUCCAAAGAUUGGAAUAAUUUCUCAGGAUAUCGAGUUCUGAAAACAUUCGUAGAAAAAUUAACAGUAGUAAAGCUCAUCCUAGACUUAACACACAUGUGCCAGGAUGAGGAGUUAAAGCAAUCUUUGAUGAUUUCACUUUCAAAUCUCAGACGAAAGUUUUCAGUCAAUUCCAAAAAGAAUUUGUCUGAAAUUCUUUAACAUGCAAUUGUUACAUGAAAUUGUUUAUGUGAUUAUUAAAUAUCAAAAUAUAUAUCAAAAGUUGUUA